GGAUGUUAGAUAAGCCAAAAAAUGUCUGCUGAUUCAGGAUGGAGUGCUGUUAUUCAUCAUCCGUCGGAGUUAGAACUACAGAACUGGAAUUGGGAAGAGAAUGAUGGGGAGCAGGAAAGGGAACUUCCUUCGACCGUUGACAUGGAUGCCAUAAAAGGUGGAGGUAGUUGGGAUCCAACCACGGAACCUAAUGGAACACAUUCAGUCGAUUCCGAAGAAGAUUCAGAUUCUGAGGACGAAAGUUCCGGUGGUACAGAAGGAAGUUGCUCAUAUUCGGAUUCGAAUUCGGACUCGGACGACGAGAGCAGUGGCGACGAAGAAGAGGAGGAUACAGGGUCGAAUUCGGAUUGUACGUCCGAACACAGCGAGCAAACGUUUUCCAUUCAAGAAACGAAUUUCGAAUCGGGAGCACUUAAGUUAAAGAUCAGUAUGAAAGGUCCAAAAAAAGAAGACAUGGAAAAACCGCGGUGCGAAAAGACCAGAAAAAACGUAACGAAAAAAGUUAAAGGAAAUUGCGAGGCAAAGUCAUCGGAAUGCAGUAGUGACGAUUCGGAUUCAUCUGAAAGUCGAUUACCGUCCCCUCACGCGCAACAGCAGCAACAGCAACAACAACCGCAGCAGCAACAGCAACAACAGCCGCAGCAGCAGCAGCAACAACAACAACAACAGCAGCAGCAGCAACAUCCACCGCUUCAAGAAAUAAAUCAAGAAGAUUUGGCGGCUAUUCUACCGGAUCAAGAACACGAAGACGCUCCGUUCGAUGGGUUUGAAGAUUCGGAAAGUGGUCGGCUAGUGUCGAAAGCUAUAGAACGAAUGUCCCUCGGAGCCGAUUCGGAUACCAGCGAGAAUGGUGAUCAAAAUCCUGUACCUGUAUAUAGUUCUACGCUGUUGCAACAAUUUGUCGAGAAAACAGCCUUGUUAUCGGAACCACGAAAACGACGAAGUAAAGCGGGCAAGAAAUUAAACGAUUCGGAGUAUCCUUGCGCUUCAAACGUGUCGCCGGAUUCGGGAAUUCAGUCGGUAGACAACAGCCCCCUACAUUUGGCGAUUAGUCCCGCGAGUCCACCAGCUCAAACGCAGUCUCCAGUCCAAACUGUAGCCGCGAAACCGGCGGUGAAUGUCGAUCGUGUGUUAUAUCCGCCGAAACGCAAACCUGGUAGACCGGCGAAGUCGGUGUCGACGCAACCACGUGGUCCAGGUAGGCCGCGAUUGAAGCCAGAAAUCGCGGAGAAAAUCGAGAAACUCGAAAAGACGGAGAAACCGGAGAAGAACGAGAAGAAAGAAGUAACGUCACAGCAACCGCAAAAGGUCGCGAAGGAGGAACCUCCUAGCAAGAGAGGGAAAACAAAAACGAUGCAACAUAAAACCGGUGUGCCUCGGGAGGAGAAGGAAGAAGGGAGCGAUUCGACGAGGAAGUUAAAGGAGAAGCCAGUUUGUCAAAAGAAACGUAGCUGUAAUGUCCCCAAGCAAUUCUCGCAGGGGAGGAUGAAUAGGAAAAGGAACAACUUGAGUUCCCCCACACGCGUCAAGUGCCUAAGUAGAACUGUUACGAGUAAAUAUGGAAAAGAUGCGAAUCAAUGCGAUGGGAGGAUGUGCAAGAAACUGAGGAAAGACAAACCGAGCGCGAGCAACAAAUCGACGAUUCCGUUACGUAGACAGAAACAAUCGUCCUGCGAACGGGUCACCUCGGAUAGAAAGACGAUCGCGGGCAGAAGAAGUUUGAAAGAGAACAGGAGCAAUUCCGGCCCGUUGUCCAAGCGGCAAAGCUUAUUGAAAAAGAAUGUCGCGCCGGUCACGCGACGCGUGUUAAAAGAAAACAAAAACAGCAAGAGAGCCGUGACUGCGUUCGAGACGAACGGCGUUGGUGUGCAGACUCUGAUUUCCUUGCCUGUCGGCCAGGUGCUGAAAGCGGAAAAAGACGAACGACCGAGCAACAAGUGCGACAAAGCGACGCAGCCUAUACACAAUCAUUGUCACAAACACCAUCACCACAAGCAUCGACGGCGAUUACCGUUGAAUCCCCCGAAGAAUCCGAUACGCAUCGAUCCGUGUAUCAUACAGGAGCUGGAGAAGUUAAUCGAGGAGUUCGCCAGAUCCUGCAGUCUGGGUCGUAACAACGCGACCGUCGGCUAUACCGAAUUGCCGCAGAUAUUCCGUGUGAAGAAACUAACGAAGAAACGGAAGGGCGAUGUAGCGUCGAGCGACGAUCAAAAGCUGAAGAGACGUUCGAAGAAGGAGAAGACAUUACCAGGAACCGACUCGAAGAGCGGCGUGAAUGCGAACGCGAAUUCGAAUCCGAACGAGCAAAGGUUGCCGUUAAAGAAGAGGCACUAUCACGUGUCUAGUCCUCACAGUUCACAAAGCUCCAACUCGAGUUCGAUCGAUCCGACCGCUAAUGAGACCAAUUGUACGGAGAGUCACAUAGAGGAGGCUAUCGAAGCUACUAUCACGAGAUACGGCGGUGGCGGCAGCAGUUCCGCGUCCUCUUCCCAAGAAGAUACCGUGCCGAUCACACCUAAGAAGCGACACAGGGACGCCGAGAACUCGAGCCCAGAGAAAUCGACCGCGCCCACAUCCGAGUCGUUGGUAGAGAAACCGUUGGAACAACCGGAAACGCAGCAGCCACGUCGGAAGAAGAAGAUCGUUAAGGAUCUUAGGGUCACGGUGACAAAGCUCCCCACUGAGAACGGUCACGGCGCUUCGGAUAAAGCCGAGAAACUCGAGAAACCUGAAAAGAACGACGGCAAGGUUGGGAAACCGGAAAAGGGCGUCCACGACUCGAAGAGCGCCAAAGCCCAUACGGAUAAGACCUGCGGUAAAAACGAAAAGGUGAACUCUGAGAAAUUAAUAAAACCAGACAAGAAUCAAUCGGACAAGCCCGAGAAGACGGAGCAAGCGUCGCCGGAACAUGCUCGUCUGGAGAAGAAUAUAAAGGUCGACGCGGCGGAGUUUCAAGCGACCGAGAGCUACGAGGAGAACGACACUGCGAACGAGAGCAAACCACCGCGGGACAGCGACGCUCAGAAUCUUCCGAAUCCGACGAAUAAUUCCGCCGCGUUGGUUCUGACGAAGAAGAAGAUGAGGCGUCGCAAGGCGAUCAAUCGUACCGGUUUCCCGACGCUGAAAAAGAAAAAGAAAAAGAAAAGAUCGUCGAGCCCGAGCGAAGCCACGACCGGCUCGACUGCGAAAGCUGGAACGACCAGCGACGACAACGGUGAUCCUGAUGGCGAUCGAAAUUCGUCCAAGGAGGGAACCGAGGACGCCAUGGAGGACAGUAAACCGAGCGUGCUCAGCGCGGAUAUACGAGAUUCGUUCGCAUCUACCGAGCACGUUGUCAAACCAGCCAACGACAUCAGCAUCGAGGGCAGCAACGACAGGGAAACACAACUCUCGACCAAGCAUACCGUCGUCCCCAACGUCUCGAAUCCCGAGAACGCUAAUUCCACGAAACAGGAGGGUUCGUUAAGUCGUGCUCGUUCGAACGAACUCUCCGAAUCGCGUUCUGGACAAUUAAGGGUACGUAAAGACCUCGUCGAACCGGAGACCAGCACGCCACCGAACGAAAACACGUCGCAGAAACUCUGUCCGGUGAAGUACGAGAAGAUCCAGGACACGAAAACGUACGACGAGAACGCGCCCCUCGAGGAUCCGCUCGAGAGGUACGAGUCGGGCGAACAGGAACGUUGCGUCGUCGAGCCGACAGAGGAAAAAUCGAGGCAUCAUCCUGAACGUGGAGGUUCCCAGACAAGUAUAAAAACGGAGCAUUCUGGUCCGUUGAAUGGAAGUCAAAAGAAACGCCGUGGUUCGUCCAGUCCUUGCACUCUUGUACCGAGAAACAUGAAACGUUUGCGUAGCGCCGGUUACGACACGGAGAACGACAAUGUGUCGAACAGUAAUGUUCUUGUGCGCGGCGAGUCAGAGGUUGGGAAACACUCGAGCUCGACCCACACUAGGAAGAAACAGUCGAGAUGGAAGAAACGUUACCUGCAGGGAGGUGUGUUGCAGGACUACGGGAAGGAGUGCGAGUCGAAGACGCGAAGCGGCAGCAGCAGUAGCAGUACGGACACUUCAGGAAAAAGUAAAAUCGCAGGGGAUGCGAACGAGUCUACGGUUCUGUUGUCGGCUUCGUAUCAAUGCGGGAAAUUCUUGCGACAACGGAAGAUGUCUUUUCAGCUGCCGUACGACUUAUGGUGGCUGCACACGCAGUCCAGGCUGCCCGGUAGGGAAUCGGUACCAUCGUGGAAUUACAAGAAAAUUCGUAUGAACGUUUAUUACGACGUGAAACCGACGACACUGUACGAGGCUCAAGCCUGCGAAUGCAAACCGGAAAGCGGCUGCGGCGACGAUUGCAUCAAUCGUAUGGUUCUGAGCGAAUGUUCGCCGCAGCUCUGCCCAUGCGGCGACAAAUGUGAGAAUCAAAAAAUUCAGAAACACGAAUGGGCGCCCGGGUUGCAGAAGUUCAUGACGGAGAAUAAAGGUUGGGGUGUGAGGACACAAGAGGCCAUCAAAACCGGUGUAUUUAUCCUCGAGUACGUGGGGGAGGUCGUGUCUGAGAGAGAGUUCAAAUCUAGAAUGGCGACCAGAUACGCGAACGAUACCCACCACUAUUGUCUGCAUCUGGACGGGGGUUUGGUGAUCGAUGGACACCGUAUGGGGGGCGACGGACGAUUCGUGAAUCAUUCUUGCGAACCUAAUUGCGAGAUGCAAAAGUGGAGCGUUCACGGACAUCCGCGUAUGGCGUUGUUCGCCUCGAGAGACAUCCAACCGGGGGAGGAGUUGACGUACGAUUACAAUUUUGCGUUGUUUAAUCCAUCCGAGGGACAGGAGUGUCGAUGUGGUAGUAGCGCGUGCAGGGGCGUAAUAGGUGGGAAGAGUCAAAGGGUUCCAAAGACUGUUGUUCCACUUCCGUCUCAAUUGGAACCGACGGAAAGGCGGUCGGUCGGCCGACCGAGGAAGAACAUACGGAAGUCCAACGCGGUGCAGUCCGUCAACUCUAAAGGCAUUUGCAAAUCUAGAAAAGUCGGCGAUUCGAGCCUGGUUCAUGCUCCCGCGCUGAAGCCAAUGUCUCACCAGCAACGAUGUUUCGCUCAACUGCACCAUUGCUUCUUGUUGAGGAACUUGGAGAAGGUGAGACGGGUGAAAUCGUUGGUGAACCAGGUACAGAUGCAGAACGGUAAAGCGAAAUUCGGAAAUGCGAGCACCUUCAAGGAUAAGAGUCCCGGCGACGCUAAGAUCCAAUCGGAUGCAUUCUUCUCGCAAUUGACCGCUCUGACCAACACGAACACGCGGACAGUGCGGACUCGGAGGCUGGCGCAAGCUCAGGACGAUCCGGAAGUCCACAAAACCGCGAAGCUGGCGAAGGUACUGAAAGAUUUGUACAGCGUCGUGGCGACAGCGAACGACGAGAACGGGCAAUUGUUGUGCUCGCCGUUUGUAACGUUGCCCUCGAAACGAAAAUUACCGGAUUAUUACGAGAAGAUAUCGGAUCCUAUAGAUUUGACCACGAUCGACCAAUGCAUCGGGACUGGUCACUAUAAAACCGCUGAGCAUUUUGAUCACGAUAUGAUCAAGCUCUUCGACAAUAACGUCCGAUUCUUCGGACGAACCUCGGAAUUGGGGAUCGCCGCCGCUAGACUGAGAAAAUUGUACCUCGGAAGUAAACCGGACUUCGUGGAUGCCAUAACGGAGGCGAUGGGAUGCCCUCCUUCUCAAGGAUUUUUACCCCCGAGGGGUUCCACUGCUGGCGAAGAAGACGUUAUUAGGUGUAUUUGUGGGUUGCACAGGGACGAAGGACUCAUGAUCCAGUGCGAACGAUGCCUGGUUUGGCAGCACUGUGACUGCGUGAAAGCCGACACGAGUAUCGAGUCUUAUCUGUGCGAGAGAUGUCAGCCCCGUUCUGUUGAUUUGGAGAUACCGUUGGAGGGGGACGAGGAGGAGGAGGGGAAGAAACACUAUGUCACUCUAAUGCGCGGUGAUCUACAGCUCAGACAAGGCGACACUGUGUAUGUGUUGAGGGACACCCCGGAGAAGCAUACGUACAAAACCAUUCAGAAGCCUGAUUACGAACAGAUGGAUAUCUUCAGGAUCGAGAGACUCUGGAAGAAUACAGAGGGGGAACGAUUCGUGUUCGGUCAUCAUUAUUUGAGACCUCACGAGACCUAUCACGAGCCCACACGAAAAUUUUACGAGAACGAGGUCGUGUGCGCUCCGCUGUACGAAGCAGUUCCGUGCGAUCUGGUUGCCGAGCGUUGUUGGGUUCUCGAUCCCCAUACCUAUUGCAAAGGCCGACCGGUUGGGUCCACGCCCGAACAUACUUACGUGUGCGAGUAUCGCGUCGAUCGGGCUGCUCGACUGUUCACCAAGGUCGCCAGAGCUAGGCAUCAAGUCUGCACGAAACCGUACGCUUUCGAGACGUUUCCACAGCGUAUUAAACAUUAUCGAACGUAUUUGCCUCACAGCCUCGAAGGGAUACAAAUCGGGAAUAAAAUGACUAAAGAAAAGAAGAAAAUGAACAAUCAGGAUCUGGAGACAAAUCAGAAGUCGGAAUCGAGUGAUAACUCGAAAACGCAAAGCAAAGAUCAACAGAAAUCUUCCACGAGUAAGGGUAGACGACGGUCGAACGAAAUCUUAUCUAUCCCCACACCGGCGACAUCGUACGCCCAGAGAGAAGAGCAGAGGCGAAGAUUAAAUAAUAUUUUAACCGGCUUGCUACAAAAAAUGCCGAACAAAAAGGAUCCGUUAGAUUUGUCGUUCUUGUUGGAGAGGAAUAGACGAAAUCGAAAAAGACCCGGUGGAUUGAAUCCGUGACAUUGGAUCAUACAGCAACGAUAAUAAUACGGCAUUAAUAUUUCCGUACGCGAUACGGACCCCACUGUUAAUCUCUGUUACAGAGAAAUCCGUAAUCAAACCGAUCGGUUGAUGAUCGUUUCGCUUCGUUUAUAAGUAAAAAAAAAAAUUGAUUCCAUUCGAUCCGUUUCAUAUAAGGUAAACGACGAAUAUUCGUGUUUCCCAUCUUCUCACACUCUAUAUUAACGCGACCCGUCCAUUCGUAUCA